UUCCAUUCGUUCUUUCAGUUUGAUUUAGGAGAGACUCUUCAUAGAUCCCGGAGGACAGAGGUAAAGUCACAUGCUCUUCUUUGUAUCAGUUCUCUAGUUCUACAAAUAUAUUAAUAUUAUAUUGAGGUACAGUUAUAUACAAAUAUCUCACACAGAAUGUAACAUUUAACUGGAUUAAAAAAUAAAUAUAAUUCUAGAUGUAUAUUUUAAACAUUUAUGUACAAUCUGAAUUUUUUUAUGUUAUAUAUUUUGUAUAUCACAAUUCAAAGAAAACAUAUACUUCACUGGUCUAUAUUCUUUCAAAAUUUCAGUUAUCUACUGAAAUAUACUAUUAAAUAUUCUUCUUUUUCCAGAAAGGUUGACUGCCUAUAAGAACCAUGUUUCACAUCCAAGGACAACGUAUUUGGAAACUCCUGCUAUGUAUUUUGUUAUUAUUGGUCGUAGGCGGUGUGACGCAGCGCAGCGUCAGCAGCAAAAGUGAUUGUUCUAAAAAUGAAUACUGGAGCGAUGGGCUCUGCUGUGACAAAUGUGCCCCAGGGUAUAAGUUGAUAAGAAAAUGCUCUAGUGACUUGGCAUCUCAAUGUGAGAAAUGUUCGGAUGGGACAUUCCUAGACAAGAUGAACUAUUUCCCAAACUGCUUCAGAUGCGAGAAAUGCACCAAGCAGCAUGCGGUGGUGAUUUCACCAUGUACACCCCAAAAAAACACCGUUUGUGGAUGUCAGUCUGGAUACCGCAAAAAGUUCUUUGAUAGCAUUUCAUGGGAGUGUGUGCCCUUAAAAAGAAAACAGAAUGGCAGGAGAUUUUUUCCACAGAAAUUGUGUGACGGUUAGCCUGGAGCAUGACCCACAGCUCUAGCAUGAACAAUAACCUCUGACAAAAAAGUCAGAAUAUAUGGAAUCUUUCCCUUGAUUUUCAGCUGAAUUAAGUUGUAGUCUUAUAAAGCACAGUGUAUUAUAUUUUAUACAUGAGUUUCUAAAUGAUCAACAUGGUCAAAAGUUGUGUAAACCUGUUGUACAUUAUGUGUACUGUGUUCCUCUUGACUGGUAGUUCAUGCUUUUUAUUAAGAUGCCUUUUAGAGUAUUAUAAAAAUGUCCACCUUCAGGUCAUUGAACAUGUAACUUUCAUAAUGUUCAUCUAACUUUCAUAAGAAAAAACAAUUUUUUGGUUUAUCUAAUUAUUCCUCAUUUUUUAGGAGAAAAAAAAAUCUGUUGGACCUGUUGGUUUAAUAUCACAUGACUUUACCUCUGACCACCAGCAUCUAAUGUAGAGUUGCUCCUAAAUGACUUUUUCUAUGAAACUGAAAGAAGGAAUGGAAUGGAAGUACUUACAGCUUCUUAUACAGUAUUAGACGACAGUAUUAUUGUUAUUCACUCUGUAAUCACACACUAUACAGUAUAUAAGAGGUGUACUUGAAAAGAUACAUGUAUCAAAUAUGAUACAAAAGACCGUCUGUUUGUACAUAUCUCACUCAUUGUAUUGCAUUGCAUUAUAUAUAUAUAUAUAUAUUUUUAAUAAAAA